CAUCCAUAAAGAACAUCUUUCUGCAUACCUGAGGCUUGGACCGCAGCAUGCAACAACCAGGCCGGCUGAGGCUGAGGCCGUGGCUGGAGGAGCAGAUUCACUCUGGGAAGUAUCCAGGAGUCAGCUGGCUGGACCAGUCAGCAAGAAUUUUCCAAAUCCCGUGGAAACACGCAGCUCGUCAUGGCUGGAGUAUUGACCGAGAUGCUACACUGUUCAGGAGUUGGGCCAUGCACACUGGACGAUACCAACCAGGCAAAGACAAGCCAGAUCCCAAAACGUGGAAGGCAAAUUUCCGCUGUGCCUUGAAUUCUCUGCCUGACAUCUGUGAGCUGCGGGAGCACAGCAGGAAGCGAGGCAGCAAUGCCUACAGAGUCUACAGGAUGCUGCCCAGCACACAAACACACAGGCGCAGGAGAGGGCUUAGGUUGUUCAGCAGGCCCCGAGAGAGACAGGUCAGUUUAGGAGCCUGCAUACCUGAUGAUCCCUGCACUGUGCACACAUGGCAACCCACAACGAGACCCGUUUCAGACACACCGCCGAAGGUGGAGACCCCUGCGGAAGACGUGUUACGCAGCACUCAAACACAUGGGAUGUGGGAAGCCAAACCAGAGGACCAGGAACAGAACGAGGCUGUUUUUAAGCUGAUGGAUCACUUAAGCAAUGCUGACCUGUGGAAUCAGACUGGGGAGCAGAGAGGAUGGAGAACACACACACUGUGGGACCACUGGCACUGUCCUGGUGAUGAUAACCUUUACUCCCUCCAUGCAGACAACUACACUGAUCUUUUUGGCCCAAACUACAUCAAGGAACUCUCUGAUUGGUCCACACAUCAGCAAACACUGAUGCCGUAGUCUAGUUGUGCAGCCAACAGCACCCAAAUGUGCAAACCUACUAGAAAAUAACAUCUCAUCCUCCUGUUUGCAUAGAGCACAUACUUGAUUAAAAGCUGUUUUUUCUUGCUAAGUUUCAUCUGUUGUUGUCUCUUGGCGUCUAUCUGCUGAGCUGACCUCUGAAAGACAGAUAUAUCGAAGAGAGCGGGAGAGGACAGAGAAUAUUACUCAGUCAGUCAGUCAGUCAGUCUGUCGGUCAUCCUCUUUGCUGAGCCGGCUGAGAUGAAGAUCUUGUUCCAAGCCAAGCUGUAGCUCCGCCAUCAUCACUUCAGUUCGUUAUGGUUCAGCGCUUCACACUCACUGAAACGACACCAAGCUCACACCACAGCUGACAGAGUAAACAGAUCUCAUUUCGCUUCAGUGUGGGAUGAGUUAUUGCUCUGCUGUUUCUUCAAGUUUAACCAGCACACUGUAAAUGAAGAGCAGCUCAUGUAGCUUUUACACUUUGUAAGUUUGUGUUUGUCAUGUUUGC